GCAUGAUGCGGGCAAGUCAAGACAGACUGGUAAAGUGCGAGCUAACAGGCUAGCUAGGUGGAAGCUAACCAGGCUAGCGGUACCAGAGCUCAGUGAUGGUGCUCGGUCUGUGUGGCUGCAGUGGGUUGCAGCUGGCUGCAGGGCCCUGUGGAGCAGAAGAGCUGUGCCAUUCCCCCUUUUUUCCUCUCAUGUUCCCCCCCUGUGUGUUUCCCUGUGUGUUAGUGACCCCGCACCCCCACCCACUCCCCACCUGAUCCCUUACUGUCGUGUCGCCACUCCAGCCCGAAGCCCCCCUCUCACCCCAUGCUUGGGACAAAGCCAGCUCACUGCCAGCCCAAUGACUGCCUGGAUCGUCCUGCCUGUCAGCCUGUCUGCCUUCUCCAUCACAGGAAUAUGGAUAGUGUAUGCCAUGGCUGUGAUGAAUCACCAUGUUUGUCCUGUGGAGAACUGGUUUUACAAUGUAACAUGCACAGAAGAGCUGCCCCGACCGGGCUUCCCCAAGACAUGCUGCACCAUCCAGGAUAUCCCCCUCAUCAGUAAAUGUGGGUCCUUCCCUCCUGAAAGCUGCCUCUUCAGCUUGAUCGGCAACGUUGGAGCCUUCAUGGUGGUGAUGGUGUGCCUUCUGCGCUACGCCCAGGUGAUCGAACACAGCCACCGAUGUUGGGUCAACACCAGCGCUCUGGUGUCCGGCUGCACCAACGCUUUGGGUCUGGUCAUGGUGGGCAACUUCCAGGUUGAUCAUGCCAAAUCUCUACACUAUGUGGGUGCUGGUGUGGCAUUUCCAGCAGGGCUGCUGUUUGUGUGCCUGCAGUGUGUGCUCACCUACCGGGUGGCUGUGACUGCCCUUGACUAUUGGAUGGCCCAUUUCAGAGUUGCUCUGGCACUGGGAGCCAUGAUCUCCCUCGUCCUCAGCGGAAUUUUCUUCAUCCAUGAGAGCUUUAUCCUGCAGCACGCUGCAGCCAUCUGCGAGUGGGUCUUCACGGUGGACAUCCUGGUCUUCUACGGCACCUUCACCUACGAGUUUGGCACCGUCACCAGCGAGACCCUGAUGGCGGGCCUGCAGCAGAGUCACCACCUAGGUUCAGGAGUUAUCAUGGGCCCCAGGGCCCGGGGCUCGACAAUGGGUGGGGCGACUAAGGGCCUCAAGUCCCCCGGGGGAAGCAGCACAUCCACACAUCUCAACUGUACGCCAGAGAGCAUAGCCAUGUUGUAGCUCUGCAUCGCUGCCCAAAGGUCUGAAAUGUCACUGCAGAGGUGCUUCAUGUUCUAAAACAGGAAGGGACGACAACAGAGGAAGACCUGAUCGAACCAUUGAGCCAGCAGCAGGUUAUCCCAUCUGUAAUGCUGUACUAUCUUCUUUUUCCAAUGUUGGUGCGAGCCACUGCAUUCAAAUAUCUUGUAGCGAUGUUGAAAGGAGCUUUCAACGUGUGGAACUAGCUGGAACAAUGAAUGUUUUCCAAGAUGGCUGUUGAAAUUGGGCAAUUCUCCACUGGAGUCGGUUGUCUCUUGAACAACACUUUUUUUCUAAAUGUUGACAUCACUGGUGUGCCCACAAUGUUUUUUCUCCCCUGCCCAGACACUCCUUCAUGAGCUACCAAUUGCUCAGCGUGGCCCACCUGUUUUGGCCUUUUGCUUAUCUCUGCACGGCACCCUUUUCUGAAUGAGAGAAUAACAGUUUAUGACUGAGUUUUGAAUUUGCUUAGUGAGUACAAAAAUAUUGAAUGUUUGAGAAGUGAACAGUUACCAGUUGUGUAUGUUUUACAGGCUUUAAGCAUAUGGCCUUUUUAAAAAUCAAUCAAGCAUUAAUUAUCUGUCAAAUGACCGGCGAAAAUCAUUCAUUUCACUCGACAAUUUAAUUGGUUGCACAGAUGAUUUUGAAUGCACAUUUUGAAGGUAUUUUUUAAAAUUAUUUACAAAUUAUGUACACGUGUAUCUGAAGCCACUAUCAUUCUUGAGAUCAUUACCCAUGUCAUUGGCAUGCACAUUUUAAAAAAAACAACAGCCCUGCUCUGUUGUAAUGACGAGGACUGUGUGCAUCUCAAUCACUUUACAACUGCGAAUCUCUGAAGUAGUCUCCCUCGAUGUCAUUCCGUUGUUGUCCCACAUGAUGCAUGAUCUGAUGAUUUCUUUGUUACAUUUACAUUUCAUGCUAACUUUUUUUUAUUUCAUUGACUGUGAAGUCCGGUGCAAUAAUUGCCAUCAAUUGUCUGAUCAUUUCCAUACUGCAAGAGUGAAUAAUGCCUUUUUUCAGUGUGUUGGAGUUGAGCACAGGGCUUUUUUUUGUUUUUUUAAAGUGAUACCAAGACAUUUUAAGUGACCUACAUAUUAUAGUUAAAUAGUGGAUGUGUGAAGGUAAAAAUAUAGUCCAACUAACGCAUUUACAAAAUAACCUAGUUCUUACCCACACUGAUUUGAUUCCAGGCUGGACCCUUGGAAGCCUUAUUUGAGUUUUGAGAGUAGGUUUUCUGUUAAAUAUGAAGCGAUGCCCAUCCUUCUCAGUUUUGUUCACAGGAGUUAACUGAGAGGUGAAUAUGAUUCUUGUAGACCAUGUGCCAUAAACUUUAUGGCAUCACAAGUGCAGUGUUGCAAACAGAACCAAGCAGGUUGUAGACUGAAAGAAAAAUGUGUCGUAUAUUAAGGUUGUGUAUGAUUUCCUGUUGCCAAUUUCUCUUAGUGAUAUUUACAAAUGUGAAUUAGCUUAUCACCAGACUGCCACAAACUACCACUGCUCAAACUUAAGCUGACUAAUGCCACCUUACUUAGGUUACACCUAGACUAUGUUUUUUAGUAAGUAAGUGAGCAAUUUCUCUGUGAUCCGUUUGAGAAGUAUGUUUCAUAACACACAGUAUUCUGCCCUCUGCGUAGUGUUGAUACAUUUUUAACUGUCUAACCACUGGAUGCCAGCAAUACACAUUUAAAAAAAAAGGUCACAUCACCUACCUCUUAUCUUUUGUGGGUUUGAUGUUCUGAAGGAAAAGCUGGAGUUCCAACAUGUUUUCCAUCUUCGAUUGUUUGAAAAGUGUUUAAUAUGACGGUAGCUCAGCAAUCAACAGCUCGAUCCAAAAGGUCUUAACAAGUAUCUGCAUUUGACAGGACAGUAGAUCUGCUGUUACACGAGCUGCGCGGUCAUAUGUCAGGUCGGUUUUUCUUUACUUUUGGUGCAAAUUAUUUAACUUACCAUUCAUUCUGGGACUGCAGCAAUUCUGUCUUGUUCUGCAAAUCUUGCCAAAAAAGACUGGAAUCCACUGGAGUUUCGAUUGGUUUUCUGUGUGUCAGCAGCAGGUGUAUGAAUUGAUAAGAGUGCACUGUUUCAGCCUUAUCUCUGGUACUGUGCCAGGGGAACAUUUUCAGAUUUUCAUUUGUUUUAUUCUUGUGUUCAGCUGAAGCCUAUUUCACCAAACUGUAUCUAAGUCACAUGGUGUGACUACAAAUGGCAGCUUGUAUGAGCCCUCACAUCAGGGUUGGAUGUAUUCUGUAAAAGCAUCUAUUCCAUCAUACCAUCUUCCACAGGCCAAAAUUAAGUAGAUUUUACAGCUUUUUGUUAUUUUUAUGUCAAAAUGUACACUCCAGUAAGCUUUCAUAUGGUAUCUUUGUUGGUGGGAGAAUCCUAUAUUACAAAAAGCUGACCUGUACAUGUCUUGAACAGCAACACAGAAACAAUGUCUAUAAAAAUGUAUUACACAUAUUUCCUCAAUUUGAAAAAUAUGUCAAAGAAUGGUAGUAAGAGAAAUCCCCCAAAACAAGUCAACACAGAUUAUUUUGUUUCCUUUUUUAAAAUUCUGUAAAUAUGUACAAUUUGUCUAUCAUUUAGGUAUUUUCAUUUGACAGAGAUUUAUAUUCAAAUAUGAAAUAAAAAUGAUAAAUUAU